UUUUUCAAGCUGGCAUCGACAUCGGCAUACGCAUCAACAUAUAUUUCUGGCAAAAUAAAAACACAGCGUAGUAAUAUCGUAUAUUAAUAGUUGCAACGGCUUUUUCUGUAUUUUCGAUCCGUAUAUCCAAAGGCAUACACAUACGGCGGCUCUCGCAUACGCUCCUUCGCCCCGUAGUACCAACGUGGUGUAUUUUUUUUUGUGUUUGUGUGUGCGUGUGUUUUUUUUUGUGUUUUUUGACCUCCCCAGCUGCAAUUGUGUUGCGUUGCGCGUCGCUUCGCAAAUCCAAAAUUUGACUCCCAACAACGACGAAUACAAACAAAAACAACAGAAUACAGCAAAGACAGCAACAAUAACAAUGGCUGGCUCGGCGCUGCGUCGCCUGAUGGCGGAAUACAAACAGCUCACCAUGGAUCCACCCGAGGGCAUUGCAGCUGGACCCAUUAGUGAGGACAACUUCUUUGAAUGGGAAGCGUUAAUUGCUGGACCGGAGGGAACUUGCUUUGAGGGAGGCGUGUUUCCGGCUCGUUUGGUUUUUCCACCCGAUUAUCCACUGAGUCCACCAAAAAUGAAAUUCACUUGUGAUAUGUUUCAUCCCAACAUCUUUGCCGAUGGCCGCGUCUGCAUAUCAAUAUUACACGCACCAGGCGAUGAUCCCAUGGGCUACGAACUCUCCGCCGAACGCUGGAGUCCCGUGCAGAGUGUCGAGAAGAUCCUAUUGAGUGUGGUCAGCAUGUUGGCGGAGCCGAACGAUGAGAGCGGUGCUAAUGUCGAUGCAGCGAUCAUGUGGCGGGAGCGAAGGGAAGAGUUCAAUCGGAUCGCACAGCGUUUGGUGCGCAAAACUCUCGGAUUGCCAACAUAAACACGACUGAAGCGACCUCCAACCGAUGCCCCCUCCCCCUCCACCCCUGCAUUCCCUCCCGUCCCUCCCUCGUAAAUACAAAAUAGCAAACAACUGACAACAACAAACAAACAAACAAAAAUCAGGAAAAACAAAACGAUCAGCAGCAGCAGAAGAGAAGAUAUCAAAAUCAAAAUGGAAACGGAAACGGAUCGGAAGUUGGAACGGAAACGGAAGCGGAAACGGACCGUGUGUGUGCGUGUGCUAGUGUGGAUGCGUAUGUGUGUGUGUAUGUGCAUUCAAAAUUUAGGAGAAAUUCGAAACGAUCAAAUUUGGAUUCCCACAGCUUUCUUUUUGUUGACACAUUUCUAAUUGUAAUUGUUCCAUAUCCUAGUUUAUUGUUCUUUCUUUCGCUUUAAUUUGUUGCUUUAUUUUUUGUUUUUCAUUACCGCAACAAAGAUUAUGAAAUUUCAUUUAGUUUAUUUUGUUUCUGGCGUAUGUGAAUGUCGAUCUAUUAUUUUUAAGCUAUACAAAAAACCAACACAAAUAAGAUGAAAAAUGCAAAAAUUUAUUAUGAAAACAAAGUCCCCCGAGUUGCUGCUUGUGCCUAGCAAAACAAAAAUAAACUAUAAGUUGAAAUACAGCUAAGCGCGUCAUCAGUGCAAUACUC